UAGAUUAAACACACGUUGCCUCGAGACCACACACUUUUUAAAAAAACUUUCCACGAGGCCUUAUUAAAAAUCCACAACAUAUAAUUUUUCAGGCGGACAAGUUUAUCCUCCAUCCAUCACGGCUAUUUAAAGUAAAAGAAGGUAAAUCUUCCUCCUCAGCCUACAAUCCUCGGCCACAUUUGAACCAAUGGCAGGAGGUUCGGCACUGCUUUAGCCAAUGACUAACUAGUCUGAGUGCGCACUCCGUUGGACGACGACGACCAUGGACUGGAGUUGUGUCCUUUUCAGUGUAACAAACUUUUAGCAUUUAGUUUCGAUACGGACAAAACGGACUGAAUUGGGGGAGCUGCUGAGAGCAGUAAUGGGGGAUAUUGAGGGUUCAUACCGGGUCCUGCAGACCCCCGGCACAAGGCUGGGAGCCCAGUUCAAUGCUGGUAUCAGCACUUUGGAGCCGGGCCAGAGCCUCAGUGGCAACAUGAUCGGUGGGAGCAAAAGCCAUGGGCGAGGACUUCAAAUCCGUGUGGAGGGGCUGGACGACUCCCAGGAGUUCUUUGAUAUAGACCCAAAAGCUUUUGGACAGGGCCUCCUCUCUGAGGUUUUCCUGAGAGGCAACCUCAUAGAGAGUGAUUACUUUGGCCUCGAGUUUCAGAACAUGCAGAUGAACUGGGUUUGGCUGGAAGCCACAAAACCCGUUGCGAAACAAGUUAGGAGACCAGCAAAUACGCUAUUUAGGCUGUCAGUGAAAUUCUUUCCUCCAGACCCCGGUCAGCUGCAGGAGGAGUACACGAGGUACUUAUUCUCGCUGCAGAUGAAAAGAGAUCUGAUGGAGGGAAGGUUGAUCUGCACAGAAAAUACUGGUGCCCUGCUGGCCUCUCACCUUGUCCAGUCGGAGAUUGGUGACUAUGAUGAUGUAGCAGACAGGGACUUUCUGAGGAUGAACAAACUGUUGCCAUACCAAGAGAGGGUGCAAGAGAAGAUCAUGGAGCUCCAUCGCAGACACCUGGGCCAGACUCCAGCUGAAUCAGAUUUCCAAAUCCUGGAGAUUGCCCGUAAACUGGAGAUGUAUGGCGUACGCUUCCACCCAGCAGCUGACCGGGAAGGCACCAAAAUUAAUCUGGCUGUUUCUCAUAUGGGCCUUCAGGUUUUUCAGGGCAACACAAAAAUAAAUACCUUCAAUUGGUCCAAGAUUCGUAAACUGAGCUUCAAGAGAAAACGCUUCCUGAUCAAGCUCCACCCAGAGGUUCAUGGCCCCCAUCAGGACACACUGGAGUUUAUGAUGGCCAGUCGAGACCAAUGUAAAAUCUUUUGGAAGAUCUGUGUGGAAUACCACUCAUUUUUCCGUUUGUUUGACCAACCCCAACCCAAAUCCAAAGCUAUCAUCUUCACUAGAGGCUCUUCCUUCAGAUACAGUGGAAGGACCCAGAAGCAGCUUGUGGAGUACGUCAGGGAAAAUGGAGCAAAGAGAACGCCAUACCAGAGGAGGAACAGUAAAAUACGUAUGUCUGCUCGCUCCCUGGCCACAGAUGUGCCAAAACAGUGCUUGUCAUUCAAUGACAGUCUCAGGGCCCCAGGCUCUCCUUCCUCCGCUACUGUGUCCUUCUACCCAGCGCACAUCUCUAGCAUUCUCCCAAGAACAGAACUCCAACUUCAGCCCCAGCCUUUGUCCACACUGAGCCGGUCUUCAGCGCAUCCCCAGCAGCACCACCAGCAACAACAGCAGCAGCUUCAGUCCCCUCUGCAAGUCGCCAGACCCCCCAGCCCUCCGAAGGAGGAACCUGUCAAGGCUGCUUCCCCAUCUCACUACGCUUUUCAAGAUUCAGUUGUGGACAGCCCCCAGCUCUCGCCCUUCCAGCCCAAAGGUCCCCUCUGCCUAUCACCCUCCUUCCAGAUGUCGACCCUCAGCCUGCCAGGCCCGGCCCCGUCGCCCCUGCAAAGCCCCAUCCUGAGCGAGGUGGGCAGCAAUGCCAGGCUAGAGGAGGAGGAGGAGGGCAGGAGGAAGCGAUAUCCCACCGACAAGGCCUACUUCAUUGCCAAAGAGAUUCUGACCACAGAGCGAACAUACCUGAAAGACCUCGAGGUCAUCACUGUGUGGUUCCGCAGCGCUGUGAUCAAAGAAAACGCCAUGCCCGAAGGCCUGAUGACCCUCCUCUUCUCCAACAUCGAUCCCAUCUAUGAGUUCCAUCGAGGCUUCCUCAAGGAGUUAGACCAGAGGCUGGCUCUCUGGGAGGGACGCUCUAAUGCUCACGCCAAAGGGGACUACCAGAGGAUCGGUGAUGUGAUGAUGAGGAACAUGUGUGCUCUUAAGGAAUUCACCAGCUACCUACAGAAACACGAUGAGGUGUUAACAGAGCUGGAGAAAGCUACCAAGAGGCUGAAGAAGCUGGAGACAGUCUACAAAGAGUUUGAACUGCAGAAAGUCUGCUACCUGCCCCUCAACACGUUCCUGCUCAAGCCCAUCCAGCGCCUCAUGCACUACAAACUCAUCCUGGAGAGACUAUGCAAGCAUUAUUCUCCCACACACCGUGAUCACGACGACUGCAAGGAGGCUCUGAAGGAAGUAGCUGAGAUUGCCACUCAGCUCCAGAGUAGUCUGAUCCGGCUGGAGAAUUUCCAGAAGCUGACAGAGUUGCAGAGAGACCUGAUUGGUAUAGAGAACCUAACAGCACCAGGCAGGGAGUUCAUCCGAGAGGGAUGUCUGUACAAGCUUACCAAGAAAGGACUGCAACAGAGAAUGUUUUUCCUGUUCUCAGACAUGCUCCUCUACACAAGCAAAGGUGUUACAGCAACCAAUCAGUUCAAAGUGCACGGCCAGCUGCCCCUUCACGGCAUGAUAGUUGAGGAAAGUGAAAAUGAGUGGUCGGUCCCCCACUGCUUCACCAUCUACUCUGCUCAGAGGACCAUUGUAGUGGCUGCCAGCUCUAAAGUGGAGAUGGGGAAGUGGAUUGAGGAUCUGAACAUUGCUAUUGACAUGGCCAAGAAGUCCCAAGAGAAAUCCAGCAUCUUCCUUGGCGCUGGACUCGGCGAUCACUCCAACCGAUCGUCUGACGAGGUCUCUCUGGAGCAGGAGUCGGAGGAUGACAUGAACUCCUCCCGUACUUCACUGGACAAGCAGACACACCACCGUGCCAACACCACCAUGCACGUGUGCUGGCACCGCAACACCAGUGUGUCUAUGUCUGAUCACAGCCUGGCUGUGGAGAACCAGCUCUCAGGUUACCUCCUGAGGAAGUUUAAGAACAGUAAUGGCUGGCAGAAACUCUGGGUCGUCUUCACCAACUUCUGCUUGUUCUUCUACAAGACUCACCAGGAUGACUUCCCACUGGCUAGCCUCCCCCUCCUCGGCUACACGGUCAGCACCCCCGAGGAGUCGGACAGCAUCCACAAGGAGUAUGUCUUCAAACUGCAGUUUAAGUCCCAUGUUUACUUUUUCCGGGCAGAAAGCGAGUACACUUUUGAAAGAUGGAUGGAGGUGAUCAAGAGUGCAGCCAGCACUACGGGCCGGAUGAGCCUGCUCAUACCCAAAGGAGGUCCCAUGGAGAUAAAUGGAAACUGAAUCAAACAUCAUGUAUCUGGAGGCUGGGCCUCUAGGACAUCAGAAAGACUGUCCAGUCUCAAUGUAAUGUUCAAGUGAAGGGAACAUUUGGACAAUACCAACUGGAGACUGGAAGAUACUGCCAGUUUAACUGUUAACAUUUCUCAGCUUAAGGAUUUAAUUCUAAUGAUCUGUGCUUUUUUCUUGAUUAAUGAUGUAUAUGGUAACAUUUGUUCCUGUAUACAGGAUAUAAUGAAAGGGAGACGUGUAUAUUUUGAUCAGUUUUUUUGCAUGUGUAGCGCUCAUUUGGGAUGUUCAUAUAGACUGACAGGAAAUACUGUUAUAUGGGACCAACUCCAACGCAAAGGGCUUCAGUUGUGGCUUUUUUUGUCUUUAGCACAUGAUGACUGAAGCUUUGUAGGGUACAGCUCUGUGCUAUGACUAGGACGCAGAUGAUAUACAGUAUGUGGGAAAUGAAGGUACAGGAUAGUCGGUACUUUGAAAGAGUCAGGGAGGUGUGGGAGAUGGAAGCGAGCAGAAGGUUAAUGGGAUGUUCAAGCAAGUUCAUGAGUACGGAGGAAGUUUUGAGAAAUUGCUGAAAUGCUGCUGUUGGGACAGUGACACACAAGCAAUUUUGGUUUUUUAAACAUUUGGAAAAGUGCACAUGUCUGGACUAAACCAAUAUGAACUAUUUGUAUAAGCAGUAUUUGUUUUCUAAAACGCUAUCUGAGGUUUUUUUUUUGCCUGGUAUUGGAAAAUAAACAAUGUUUUCAAAUGUUCAAAAGGGAGCUUUUCUGCUAAAACCUCCUGACUAGAUAAGCGGCAUUACGUUUGGUGCUACAUUUCUCUCUUUAAUAUCAAAUGUAAUCAAAUGUAUCCUGUUUUUAUUUUUGCAUAGGGAUAACAACUUGAGGAAAUACUGUGUAGUGUUUACUCUGUGUAAAAGUUGCAGAUUUUCCUUCUAAAAACAAAUCAGAAGAACAUAUUUUGAAGUAAAGGUACUUGUGAUGAUGUAUUUCUGUGUCAGACUGUUUUAGACAAAUGGGAGCUGAUUUGUGGGAGACGCCAAUGACACUUAUUGUCAGUUAUUUAGUGCGCUACAUGCAACCAUGGUAUUAUUUGGUAUGUUUUUUGUAUGAAGACUGGAAUCUUUACCCUCGGUGUGUGUGUGUCUGUGUGUUUGGGUGGGUGUGUGUGUGUGGAGAAGCCACUGGAGCUGUACUAUAAGGUGAUAAUGGAGGUCAUCUCCAAACCAGCUGACAUUCUGCGUGUGUAAGCGACUGACUGUUGCACAGUUAACAUACAGUAUGUUACUCCUAUUUAUUGUCUAGCAUGUCAUCAGGGCCAUGCUCCUGAAUGCCCUCGUGUAGCCCUCAUGUUAUUCCGUUGAAAACCUAACAAAUAAAAACUGUUUCAAUCACA